AUGCAUCAAAUUACAAACCUAGAUGAUAUGUUAAAAUCACUAUGGGAAAUAGAUACAACUUCCAAAAGAAAAUUAACGCAAGAUGAACAAAUUUGUGAAGAAUUAUUUCAGAAUACAACAUCGAGAAGUAGCAAUGGCAGAUACAUUGUACAAUUACCUUUCAAAACAGACAAGCCUAAAUCCAUGGAAGGAAAUAGUCGAGAGAUAGCAUUGAGAAGAUUCAAACAAUUAGAAAUUACAACAGAAGAAUUAAAUCAAGCUUUAUUAAUCUGUAUAAAAAAGGAUCAGAGCGAACAUUUCAGUGAUGACAUAAGAAAUAUUAUGAUAUAUGAAUAUGUCAAACCAACCAGUCACCUUAAAACUUUGAAUCCUUUUCUUGACAAAGAAAGAGUUAUCAGAGUUGGAGGAAGAUUGCGUCAUGCAAACUUAAGUGAAGACAGUAAACAUCCAAUUAUACUCGACUCCAAGUCUAAACUUACCGCACUUAUUGUAGCUGAUGCACACAGAAAAACUUUACAUGGUGGAUUGCAACUCAUGCUUUCAUAUUUGAGAACGAAAUAUUGGAUUAUAAGAGCAAAAAGCAUUGUUAAAUCACAUAUUUUUAAAUGCUUAAUUUGUGCAAAACUUCGAGCCAAAACAAGAAGUCAACUCAUGGGUGAUCUACCGAGUCAGCGAGUAACUCCAUCACGACCUUUUCUCAACAGCGGCGUAGAUUUCGCGGGACCAUUCAACAUCCUCAUGUCCAAGGGCAAGGGCAUUCGCACAAGCAAGGCUUACAUUGCUAUAUUUAUUUGUUUAUCUACAAAGGCUAUACACCUAGAAUUGGUGAGCGACUUAACCUCAGAAGCUUUUAUUGCAGCAUUCAAACGUUUUGUGUCGCGCAGAGGGCAUUGUGCUCAGAUGUGGAGCGAUCAGGGUAGAACUUUUAUUGCUGCAAAUAGAGAACUAAAGGAGUCCCUAGAUGAAGCUAAUUUAGAAUCAUUACAUAAACAAACUGCAAACACCUUGGCUAUGGAUGGUACUCAGUGGCAUUUCAUUCCUCCCUACAGUCCAACAUUCGGUGGACUCUGGGAAGCUGGAGUCAAAUCAAUGAAAGGUCAUUUGAAGAGGGUUUUGACAACAAAUUUAACAUUCGAAGAAAUGAGCACACUUUUGUGUCAAGUAGAAGCUUGUCUCAAUUCUCGGCCGUUGACACCGAUAGAUGACAGUGAUGUAGAUAAUGUGGACCCGCUGACACCAGGACAUUUUUUAGUUGGAGAAGCCCUUAAAAUUGUUCCUACACCUAACUUAACUUACAUACUAGAUGGCUUUAUACACAGAAACUUUUAA